AUGCACUUCUCGUCUUCGGUCGCCCCCACCCUUACGCCUCUUGGCGUCCGCCUCCUGAGCCUCUCGAACCGCAAGCUCACGGACCUCGAGGCACCCGUUGGCUCGCGCGAGCCCGGCUUUGCCCUUCUCCGCGGUGUCCUCGUUCGCGAGGCCGUCCGCUCCGCUUGGGCCUCGCUCGAGCAGGGCCCCACCGAGCUCACCAACUGGCGCGCUCCCACCGCCCUCGGCCUCGACACCCUCUCUGAGGAGGACGAGGACGAGGAGGACGAGCUCGAGACUGUCGAGCAGCGCUGGCUCGACGACGUCCUCGACGAGUCGGACGAGGACGGCGUCAGCGUCAUGGCUGCCUCCGACUACGACGUCGAGUACUACGACGUCAACGGCCUCCAGGCCUACACCCUCGACUCGGCCGUCACCUACGGCGAGGAGACCACUGCCUCGUCUGACGUGACUGUUGUCGAGGUCGCCGCCGUCGACGACGACGACGAGUACGACGAGGACGAGUACACCGAGGUCGCCGCCACCUGGCUCGAGCUCUCCGAGCCGGAGAAGCCCCAGCACGUCGAGGACGUGGCUGCCGAGCCCGAGGCCGUCGCUGAGGCCGCCGCCACUCCUACGUACGGCGACUACUUCGGCUACGCCGCCCCCGGUGCCGAGGACGACGCCUGCCUCCAGCAGUCGCCGCCCCCACUCAUGCGCCGGUCGCUCUCCUCGUGCUCCACCGACUCGCUUGACGACGAAGACGACAAUUGUUGUCGCACGCCCCCCCUGGACGCGUCGAGCUCUUCACUCGAAGAUCUCGACGAUCUCAGCGCCGGGUUAUCAAAAGCCUUUGCUCUCAACGAGCCGGCAGAAUACAAUCCCAAACAGCAGCAGCAGACGCGCUAUCUGCCUGCACCAUUUCGAAGACCCUUUCUCAUCGACGACGCGGAUCAUGACGACCGCGUCGAAUGGGGAGUCGGCCUCGCCAUGGUCUCGGCCUAG